CAUUAAAGAUUGGAAAACGAGACUGAGCUACUUCCUGCAGAACUCUUCCAAUUCUACUAAAAUGAAACCUAAGAAAGUAGGGAAACACCGCACAUACUUCAGACCUUCCCCUGAAGAAGCCCGGCUGUGGUCAGAAGCUUUUGAUGAACUUCUUGCUAAUAAAUAUUGUCUUGCUGCUUUCCGAGCUUUUCUGAAGUCCGAGUUCUGCGAAGAGAACAUCGAGUUCUGGUUGGCCUGCGAGGACUUCAAGAAAACCAAGUCACCCCAGAAGCUGACAUCAAAAGCAAAGAAAAUCUACAAUGACUUCAUUGAAAAGGAGGCUCCCAAAGAGAUAAACAUAGACUUCCAAACCAAGAACAUGAUUGCACAGAAUAUUCAAGAAGCCACGCAUACCUGCUUCAGUGCAGCACAGAAGAGAGUUUAUAGCUUAAUGGAGAAUAACUCAUACCCACGGUUUUUAGAAUCUGAAUUCUAUCAGGAGCUGUGCAAGAAGACGCCCAUCACCAGAGCGGCCCAGGGGACAUGA